AUGCCGCUGGUGAAGAGGAUCAUCGAGCCCCGUCACCUCUGCCGGGGGGAGCUCCCCGAGGGCAUCGACAACGAGCUGGAGUGUGUGAUGAACAACACGCUCUCUGCCAUCAUCCGUCAGCUCAGCAGCCUGAGUAAACAUGCGGAGGAUAUAUUUGGCGAGCUGUUUAGCGAGGCCAACACCUUCUAUCUGCGAGCCAACUCUCUCCAGGACCGCAUUGACCGGCUGGCCGUCAAGGUCACACAGCUGGACUCCACUGUGGAAGAAGUUUCCCUGCAAGACAUCAACAUGAGAAAAGCCUUCAAGAGCUCCACCACUCAGGACCAGCAGGUGGUGUCCAAGAGCAGCGUGCCCAAUCCUGUCGUAGGGAUGUACAAUCUGAGUGACAAGCCUCCGCCACUCAGCAUCCUGUCAUCUUACAGGGAUGACCACAAGGACGCACUUAAGUUCUACACCGAUCCCUCCUACUUCUUCGACCUGUGGAAGGAAAAGAUGCUGCAGGACACGGAGGAUAAGAGGAAAGAGAAGAGGAAGCAGAAGGAACAGCGGCGCUGUGUGGAUGGAACGUUACAGAGGGAGGUGAAGAAAGUCCGAAAGGCCAGAAACCGUCGGCAGGAGUGGAACAUGAUGGCUCUGGAUAAAGAGCUGCGGCCGGACCACCGACACACCAUACACCGAGACAGAGGGGCUUCCUCUGAGGGCUCCUUGUCUCCGGAGAACAGGGGCCACGGUCCUGAUCCGCACCACUACCCCAACAUGAUGAACCACGCUGGCCACGCCCACACCUACUCCGGCCCACCGCCCAGCGUCCUGGCUGCCCAGAUGGCUGCAGGGCACGCCCCUCGUGGAGGAGGCGAACAUGACAUGAGAGGCAGGACCAUGAUGGCCUAUCAGGGUGGAACACUGGGCCGUACUCACCACCACCAGGCCCAGCUGCCUCCUCCACCCUCUGAGGCUAUGAACGGGGGCUCCAUGUCCCUUCCACCAAUGGACUACAGUAUGGAUGGCUAUGCCAACACCGGCCCCCCUCCUCCCCCUCCAGCCCCUCUCAUCCCUUCUGCCCUGACAGCCUUUGCCUCCCCUCCUGGAGGUCCGAUGCCUCUUGGGCCAAUGGCCGGCGCUGGUGGCUUCGCUCCACCUCCACCACCUAUAUGUGGAUCCCAGGCGGUUCCACCUCCCCCUGGUCCUCCACCUCUUCCCUUAUCAGCCGGUGCCUCCCACAAGAUGUCUUCCUCUGCAGCUGCUGAGACCUCAGCGGUCACUGAAGCUCGCAGUGAUCUGCUGGCUGCUAUACGUAUGGGCAUCCAGUUGAAGAAGGUGCAGGAGCAGCAGGAGCAGCAGGCCAAGAGGGAGCCCGUUGGAAACGACGUGGCCACCAUCCUGUCGCGGCGCAUCGCUGUGGAGUACUCGGACUCUGAGGACGACUCCGAGUUGGAAGAGAACGAUUGGUCGGAUUAACAUACACACACACACACAAAAGAAAUAAUUAGCUAACCACUGAAGAUACACACACACACACACACAUCUUACACUCACUUGAAGGAAUGCCCACUGUACCGCACUCACGGGUUGUCACAUACUUUGUUGCUGAAAACACACACACACACACACACACACACACACACAUCUACACACAAUCACAUGCUGUACGUUGAUAUAAGCUGAAUGGUCCAAAACUGGAAAUGCGGGGGUGUAUUCAAGUAAAGACACUAAUAACAAGCUGUAAUACUUACCACUCUCUGAAACUCUGUAGUUUUACAAAUAUAUUUCAACGCCUUGUGAAUAAUGUUCCUCUUCCUGUUCCACUCUAGCCGCCGUGUGAAGGUGUUUAUUUCAUGUAUAGUCUUGAGAGUGUUAGAAGAAUUAGAAACUUUCCUCUUGAGCUAAACAAAAUGUACGUGUCUUUUUUUAAAUGUUUUUACUGAAACACUCGCUGUAGAAUCAUGAGGCAAGUUUUUAACACGUCGAUAACUGGCAGGGAAGAGGAGUCAUUGAUAAUGUGAAUGGGGAGAGCGUGCGAGAUGCUGGGGGGGGGGGGGGCGAUGGAGAGGGUGAUAUGUAAUAAGUCUUAUUGAUCCAUCUGCAAACGAUCACUGAUGUAUAUGCUAGUGCGAGCUCUGUAACCUUUGACCCAGAGAAAAAAAUAAAAUGAUGAAUGAAG